GAACGUUCCGUCGGAUUCCAGGAACAUUCGCCAUCUUUGAAGAAGAAGAUAUAGGAGUGUUUUUUUUUUUGUUUUUACCUUUCACAUAGUCGUAAAACCGAGACCUUCGACCGUAUAAUUGUUAAUAAAAGAUGCGGCACUCGAAGCGAAUGCGCUCUCCAGGUGUGUGGCUUGAUGAGUACAGCUGGGAAGAGAGAAUGGAGUGUCGUAAGCGAAGAAAACGGGACUCCCGUAGCAGUGAGAGAGAAAAUAAGUCCAGGAGAAUUUAUCGUCACCAAAAGACAUAUGAAGGGCAGUAUCUGGAGACCCGCAGUCUGAAUUAUCGACUGGAUUCAAGGGAAGGGCGCACCAGGGACCGCAGCUUUAACAUGGCCUGUGAAGAAGACAGUCGUGAUGGCACCUGCAGGGACAGAGAUGCAGACUGGCAUCACUACAGCAAGUCAUCCGGGCGUAGUGGUCGCAGUAGGCGAAGCAGCCGCAGGCACAGAGACAGAAGGCGCAGGCGUAGCCACUCUCGUCACAGGUCUUCCACGAGGAGGAGCCAUCACCGCAGGAAAAGAUCCAGGAGUGUUGAGGAUGAUGACGAGGGUCACCUCAUCUAUCACAGUGGAGACAUGCUGAGAGCGAGAUAUGAGAUUGUGUGUACUCUAGGAGAGGGAGCCUUUGGGAAGGUGGCUGAAUGCAUUGAUCACGCUAAUAAUGGAGCUCGAGUGGCUCUGAAGAUCAUUAAAAACAUAGACCGCUACCGAGAGGCAGCGAUGUCUGAGGUAGAGGUGCUUGAACAGUUGAAGACCCUUGACAUUGAAAAGAGAUAUGCUUGUGUGCACAUGCUGGACUCUUUUGAAUACCAUGGCCACAUUUGUAUUGCCUUUGAGCUGCUUGGCCUCAGCACCUAUGAUUUCCUUAAGGAGAACAACUUCCAGCCUUUCCCUAUAGAUCACAUCAGGCACAUGGCGUACCAGAUCAUUCGAGCAGUGAGAUUUCUCCAUAAGAACAAGCUGACUCACACAGAUCUCAAGCCUGAAAAUAUUCUAUUCAUCGACUCUGACUAUGAUAUGGAAUACAACCCUGGCAUGAAACGGGAUGAACGAACAUUGAGGAACCCAGAUGUGAAAAUAGUUGACUUUGGUAACGCCACGUACGAACAUGAGCACCACACCUCUGUUGUCUCCACACGUCACUAUCGUGCUCCUGAAGUCAUUUUAGAUCUGGGCUGGGACCACUCCUGUGAUGUCUGGAGCAUAGGCUGUAUACUCAUUGAGUACUACCUUGGAUCUACCCUCUUCCAGACUCAUGACAGCAAAGAGCAUCUAGCCAUGAUGGAGAGAGUCCUGGGCCCCAUCCCAACAGACCUCCUGCAGAAAACAAAGAAACAGCGGUAUGUUCACCGGAACAAACUUGACUGGGAUGUGCACAGCUCAGCAGGGAGAUACGUCCGCAAACACUGCAAACCUCUGAAGACUUACAUGUCAUCAAAGGGUGAUGACCACCACCAGCUGUUCGACCUGAUCGAGAAGAUGAUGACGUAUGACCCGGCAAAGAGAGUCAGUCUGGAGCAGGCUCUUCGGCACCCCUUUUUCUCCGUCUACCACAAAAGCAGCAGCAGCAGCAAAACCACGAGUCGAAGAAGUAGCAGCAGCAGCAGCAGCAGCGGCAAAAAAGACUGAAGUCAUGAAUGUGUAACCCUCUGGCUGGGUACUGCGGUCAGGGCUCGGCUGUUGCUCUGACGUUUGUGAUGAUGCUCAGUGCCAGCCUCUAUUUCCUGAUUCUCCAGGAGAGAUGAACUUUGACUGUAUCAGUCCACUGCCCUGCUUUUCUUUGUCCUGUUCUAAGCCAGUCUUAAUUCUUAGUGUAACUAAUUGACAAGUGUUUUUUUUCCAAUGUGGCAUGUUUUGAUGUAACCCCAGAUGUUUUUUUAUUUAUUUGCUGUUGGUAUUGAAUUUGUAGCUCCUAAGCAAAUUCUGGCAAAUGUUUUUAUUCACAAAACAGCCCGGUGUUGUCAAUUUUCUCUCUAUGCAUUGUCAGAGGGCUUAUGGGUAAUGUAGCGGAUUGAGAAUUGCUCUACCUUACAUCAGUCCUGCCAGUAAAAUUUAUGCAGCAUUGGAGAUGUGAAGAAAAAGAAAGCUUUUCAGGGCAGAAAACUUUGUAUAUAGAUUUUGUUCAGAUUUGUGUUUUUCACUGUACAGUUACGUAACUUUUGCAGUAUCAUGUACAUUUCUCAUUAAACAUGAACCGAUCAGGUAAA